AUGGCGGAGGGAGAAGAGCACCCAGAAACCGCAAUAGCAUCACUGUCAACAGGGCCAGAGGAACGCCCGCAGACGGCGCGGAAAGAUUCGCGCAAGGUUCCUGGCGGCUUUGGGAUCGACGACCUGGAUGAUUUGUCCCCUGACAAGAAGGACUUCGACGAUUCGAUAUUCGAGAAUGCGCCGGUGAAUACGGAGGAACACAAGCAGAAUAAUCGAAUACCCUCCCUCGACCCAGCGACCCUACCUUCGUUACCCCCUCCAGGUGACAGCAGUAUACUGUCCAACCCGAGCGAGAAUGGAGGAGGAAGUGAUGCGCUGGGCGAUACGGUGGAUGAGAGGGCUAUGCAGAGACAUCUGAAUGAUGUAGAGUCCAGUUUCAUGCCCAUACCAUCACCCAUUAGUAUGGACGGGAAGAAAGGCGCAGAUGAUACAUAUCUAUUCGAUGGCGCGCAACCUCCUCCUCGAGACCAGCAGAGAUCACCCGAGAGAUCAUUUACACCAAGCAAAUCAGAACCUAAGGACCAGGUCUUAGAUGUCCCUCUUUCUCCUCCCACACCAGCGAACGCAUACCAGACGCCAGGAAUAUUCCGCGCAAACUCUGACAGUAUGGACGAAACCAUGGACACAGGUGAUACAACAUCUGCUUUAGAAACGAUGUCGUCCUCUCCAACAGCAGCUGCGGCAGCAAGAACUGUCUCCAGAGCGAUAUCUAUGGCGAGCGCCGGAGGUUACGAUGCAGCAUACGACGGAGAUGACUAUUCACAGGGGCCGACUGACAACGAGGACGAUGUCGAAGCUACACCUAGGAAGAAGAAGGGAAAUUCGUUCACCGAGUCUUCUGACAAUCAGUCGACCCUGAAAGAUGAUGCCUCGAAUCAAAGUCGUAAUACAUCCUUUGGAGAUGCAGGCAGCACCCCUGGGGUCGCCCUGCUCAAUCGAAAAUCGUCUGGUAGAAGACCCAAGUUUCUCCGGAGUCGACACGCCAGCCAGCACUCGUCGGUCUCCUCCUUCAUCACCAAUCCUGACGACGGCAGCGACAUUACACUUGGUGCGGACUAUGCAUUACAAUCUGGGGGAGCGGUUCCAGCAGAUGGGUUCUCGCGCAGCAGCAUGGGUCUUUCCCGGUCAAUCAGUCUGGGAAGCAUGGCGUCCGGUAUCGAGGACUUCUCAGGGCCCGGCCAGGAUGGUAGUUUUGCAACUUUGACUGAGGAGGAACAAAAUCGGGAGCGCAAACCAGGCGACAUGUCACCGCCAGAAACCCCUCGUGCAACGACAGCCAGGUCAUCUCUUGCUGCUCCCACAGAUACGGUCAUCGCUCGGCAUGUUAGGAAUGUCCAAGUUCCUGCUUCUGUUGCGCAAGAAUAUCGGAACAAGAAUGGAGUUUCGCCUAGACGAUCAGGAUUUGCUGCUUCAACCCUUGGAAGGAAUGGGAAGAACAUGACUCUGAAGGAACAAAGCAGCACUAUCGAGCGACUUUCCAAGGAGAAUUUUGAUCUUAAAUUGAAAGUCAUGUUCUUGAGUGACAGACUGGACAAGCUUUCAGAAGAGGGUGUCAAAGAGAUGAUUUCUGAGAAUGUGGAACUGAAGACUGGACUCGCAGUGAUGCAGCGAGAUAACAAGGCUUUGAAACGAAAAGUUAAGGAUCUCGAAAAGCAACUGAAGGAUGACGAAGAGCGGCCAUCUACAGCGGGUACAUCAGGAGGCGACCCGAGUCCAAAGUGGUUCGAUCAAGAGGGUGCACAAGAGCGAGAGGAGGAGCUCAUGUACUUGCGCGAACGUACCGAGGAAUACAUUACCGAGAUUGAGAAGAUGCGAAACGAUGCAAUUAUCCGGGAAAAUGAGAAGCGGAACCUGGCCGAAGUUGUCCGCCAAAUGGGCGAGCGUCGUGGCCAAAAUGUUGAGGCAAGAGAAGAGAUGGAUGUCUGGAAAGAUCUUCUGGAGCAAGAAACUUCUCGCCGGGAGCAAGCCGACGACGAGAACAAGAAGCUCCGCGAGGAAAUCUUCCGAUUGAAGACUGAGACCACAUCAUCCACCGGUAUGCCUGGUCUGAACCAUACAACAAAUAUCUACAACAUCACGAAGAAGCGCCAAGUCUCACCCUCAAGGCCAAGAUCAGGGAUGUCAUUCCGCGACGAUGAUCGGACGGGUGCUAUGAGCUCUGCAACCACUCUGGCCGAGGAUCUCAGAAGAGAGGCUGAACAAUUGAGGCACGAGAAUGCUGAGCUUCGCCGAGAAGUAGGUGCUCAGACUUCAAUGCUGACUUCCCGAAAUCGAGAAAAGGAGCGCCUGUACCAAGAAAUUGAAGAUCUCAAACUUGGUCAGCGACGAGGCGGUGGGUCCAUUGCCGGAGAUAGUAUUCUGGACCGGUCCGCUUCAAGAGCCCAUGAACGUUCUUCAUCACGAAAUAGUGUCGGAACCAGAAUCACAAACAUGGACGACACUGAACGAGAAGAUUUCGAGAACAAACAUGCCGAGUUGCGUGAUCGAAUAAACAGCUUGAAGAUUCACAACCAGGACCUCCAACGUGAGCUUGAAUCGUGUAUGGAAGAUUUUGAAACUGCUGUGCAGCAGAAGAAGGACGCCGAGACUCUGGCAAGCGAGCUGCAAGAAGCCUUGGAGCUUGCUGAGGCUGACUUGGUCACGAUGCAAACCGAUCGAGAUGAAGCUCUGCAAGGACAAGAAGAGGCCGAGAUCAUGUUUGAGUCUCUACGGAAAGAAGCCCAAGAAGAACUUGACGGUUUCGCCGAAGAGGCCGAUGAAGCGAAUGCUGAGAUUGAGCGACUUCGGACAGAGUUAGCAGACACCACGGAGAACUUCAACGCGCUGCAAAACGAGAUGCGAGAAAUGAGUGAAGGUCUUGUCAGGCUAGAAGAUGAUCACGAGGGCAAGGCAAGAAGGAUCGAGGAACUGGAACGAGAACUUGAGGAAGCCAAUCGCGAAUUGGAGCAGAUGGAGAAUAACUUAGUCGAAGCCAAUGGCAAGAUCAAUCGUCUGACAGUUCAGCAGGAGUCUAGCCAAGGCGAAAUCGCAUUCCUGCGGGAGGAGCAAGACGGCGACAAGAUCAAGAUUGGUGAUCUUGAGGCAGCAGUCAAGAAUGCCGAGGACGCUCUCCACGAAGAGCGAGAACGAAUUAAAGAACUGGAAGAACGACUCAACAACGAAAGAUAUCAACGUGAAGUUGUCGCCGGAAGAGAGAAGCAAGAAGUUCAACAGGUCCUCAACGAUCUCAACCGUGAAGCUUCCGGUGCCAAGGAUGAAGCAAGAAGACUUCGGAAGAGUCUCACGUCUCGAGAAGUGGAGGCUGCUGAAUGGAAACAGAGGCUUAUGGAACUUGAGAGUAAUUUGAGAGAAGCAUUGGGCGAUCUCAAUGGCACACGCUCAAGUCUUCUUAAUUCUAUUGCCAAGCUCCAACGAGAGCUGGAAAAUACCAUUCGGGACCUCGACGCCACCAAAGCUUCUCUUGGCGAGAAGGAGCGUCUCAUCAAACAUCGCGAUUCUCUCCUUGAGUCGCAUGCCUUGGAGUCCAGGAAGCUGGCAGACAUGCUUGACAAGGAGCGACAAACUCAUCGUAACACGAAGCAUCAAUUCGAGACUUUUCAAAAGACCCAACAGCACACCACACGGACACUCACACAGCAGGAGUCUCGUGUCUUGGAACUCGAAACAUCUCGCCAACAGGAUCGUAGAAAGAUUGCGACCCUGGAGAAUAACUUCAAGGAUCAGAUGAAUGAGCGAAACCAGCUCCUUCUUGCAUUGUGGAAUCGCCUCUCGGCUCUCUGCGGAAGCGACUGGACUCACAACAAUAGUCUCAUCAAUGGCCGUGCACUACCUUCUCUCGAGGCUGUCUCUACCAUGCUUCCGGGCUUCUCAAAGAAUUUACUCGCAGCGGUCAAGACCAUUGAGACCCUCGUUGGCGAUUUCAGAUCUCGUAUCCGCUCUGUGGAGAAGGAUCUAUGGAAGGAAUACCAGACCCUGGAGUCAAAUCUCGAGAUACGCACGAAACGCCUGGAUCGCCUCGAGACAAUGGCACGAAGUGGGAUACCUGGAAUUGGCAGUGACGGCAAAGCAGAGAUCAUGAAGCUCACUGAAAAGAACAGAGCACUCAAGAAAGAAGUCUCUGCCUUACGAGCCGCAGUCGACGUCCGCUCCAACACGUUCGAGAACCCCAGCCCAAGUCCCUCGAUCCCAACAGGUCCGCGCAAUAGAUCCGUAGACAAGAGCCGCACUUCGACACUCACCCGCAACCACUCCACCUCGGCCGUCGAAACCGUCGAUCGUCGCGCCGUCUCCAGAGCGGGGAGCAAUUCCACCGGCGAGAAAAGUGUCGCGAAUAGCGUCAAGGAGGACUACAUGCCGGACAUGAGAUGGCAGCUCAGACUCCAGGAAUUGGAGUAUAAACUCAAGGCUGAAAGGGAAGCGAGACUUGUUGAUCGCAGUAGCGCGAGACAACGUCUCGAAGAGAAGGAUCGCGAGAAUGCGAAUCUGUUGGCACAGGUGGAGAGGAGUAAGGUUAGGGAGAAUAUGGGGAGGUAG